AUGAGAACUUGUGUUCUUUUGGAACCUUUAGGGACUACACCAACAGAAGAACAAACAACAGAUACUCUCAUUAGUGUAAUGUCUAAUGGAUAUAUUUAUUCUAUUCCAAUUCGCUUUAGUUUACAAGAUUAUUUAUUUACUCCAGAACAAAAAUCAUUAGGACUCAUUCCACACUUACUUAAGCUUAAUCAAAGUGUUUUUCAUAAUUCAAAGUUAGCAAUUACAGAUAUUUUAGCAUAUUCCAAAAAUUUAAAUAUCACAUGUCUUGGCCAUUUCGAACCAAUACCACAAACCAAAAGAAUACGUGCUGAAAUUUCAAAAGAUCGUAAAUCUUUAAUCAUUAGCGGUGUAAUUUAUAAUAAAAUACCAAGUAUUGCAGUUUAUUCAAUUAAACCUAAAUCAUUAUCAUUAGUAUUUGUCGAUUCAUUAUUUGGCGUUAUUGACAUGUGUUUUCAUCCAUCACCAAAUACAUUAUUAGCAUUACCUCGUGCAAUGACCGGCAUGAUAUCGCAAGUAACACUUCCAGCCACGAUGCCUGAACACUAUUCACACAGAGUCAUCCCACAGAUUACUUUCCUUGGCCAUCCUUCAAAAAGAAUGAUGCACAUAAUUUCAUGCAAAACUACGACACACCACCAAUUUGCAACAUGGACAGAUGAUGAACGCCCUACCAUUUCAUUUUGGCGCGUAUCUCCUGAACCAGGCAUACAAAGGUGGUUUGAAACAUCGAUGCAAUUAAUGAUUCCAGCGUUUAUCCAAAAUUUACAAGUAGAUUCGAAAGGAGACAGACUUGGCUUUGUCCUGCAAACAGAGGAGUACACAUCCAUUGCUAUUUGGGACCUGAAGAAGGAGACAGAUCGCCAAAACAAUCUGAUGAUUCCAAGUGACGAAUUCGGCCAAGUUUUGACGAGUAAAUGGCAACAACCAUUUAACGUUGUUUGCGGGCCAACUACACAUGAUGAGGCUUUCUAUGUGUUGACAACUAAAGGCUUGUUCAUGCACAACGGAAGCCAGAUCUGGAAAUGGCCACAAACAGAAAUACCAAUGACAAACUUUUAUUCGACAAAAGGAAUUUACAUUUUCUACGUGAAUACAGAAGGAGAAUUACACAUGAUAUCAGUUCACGAAGGUGAUGUGAAUGCUGGUGGAAUUCUUCUUAAAUCACAGAAAGCACCACCUGUUCCUUUUGUUAAAGCAACAAUGAAAGGGCCAUGUGAUACAGCUGUUGGUGUGCACUGCUAUAGAUGCAGCAACUGCAGAAUGCCUUUGAUACAUCCUUUAGUUUGUUCCAGCGAUGGUUUGGAGUGUUGCUACUGCUCUAAAAGUUGCCAGGAAGAACACUGGCCAAUGCUUGUUGCAGUCAAUAGCUAUUUUUCUUUGGAUCCUGAUAUUAGAACACAUCCUAGCAAGACUUCUAAAUUCACUCCUGGCGGGCCUUUGUCUUCUCAUUACAUGCUACAUGAUUAA